UUCUUGUCUAGAACAAUGCAUGUAAAAUUAUGCAUGGAGUGCAGAUUUGACAUGUGGCUGCUAUUGCAAUGUUGGCUAAUCUGCUAAAGCAAUGAAAUGUUUAGAAUAGUGUCAAAUAUGAACUUGUCAGCAGUGAUAUAAUUUUUUCUAUUUUCAGCUCAGAGAAAGACCAAAGCACUGACCUAAGUGUGACUUUGAGUGCAAUUUUUAGCAGUUACUCGGACAGUGAGGAGGAGGAGGAAAAAGAGGAGGAUUCAAAUUGUCAUUCCAUCAACUUAGAGACACACUCUACAUGCAGUGAUAAAGACCUCUGUCUCAACCAUGGUGAAGCUGAAGCAAAACCAAAUGGAUUUGUAGUAGCUACAGCUGUUGAACCUGUAAUAAUACUUCAACAGUAGAGUAUUCAAUCAUCUAGCUCCAACCCUGUUACAGCCACAGCUGGUGAACCUGAAGUACAACCUCAGCAGCAGAUUGUUCAAUCUUGUAACUCCACUCAUGGUAUUCCAGAUGCUGCUGUUACAACUGAUGAAAACACUCCGCAGAAUAAUAUGGAAAUUCUUCAGAAAAAAGUAGAGGAUGUUAUGAAAGAGGUGUGCAACAUAGACAGUGAUCUUGAUGAAUUUUUGUCACAUUUUCAUAAAGAGAGAAUUAUUUCUGAGUUGCAGGAGAUUCUCAAUUUAUUUGAGAGAAACUGUCAAAGUAAAGGUUGUGUUGGACAGUGUUCUGUGGUCAAUACAAAAUCUGAAGGGGGUGUAUUGAUUGUUAGCUGGAAAUGUACUGAGGGACAUAAUGGCAUGUGGGAGUCGUCUGUUGUGCUUGGUGUUAAAAGAGGCCAAAAGGUCUAUGCAGCUACAGUUCUUCUUGCUGCCUCAAUUGUUGUGUCAGGGAACAACUUUGAUAAGCUAAGCAUGCUUAUGAAGUUUUUGAAUGUGAGUUUUUUGUCAGAAAGUACAUUUUCUUGCAUUCAGACAUGUGUGACCCCAGUUGUAAAGGAACUCUGGGAAGCAAUGAAAGAGAAGUUGUGGGAGGUCCUUAAAGGUGAAGAGUUGGCUUUGGCUGGUGAUGGGAGAAAUGAUUCACCAGGGCACAGUGCUAAGUAUUGUGUUUAUACCAUAAUGGAGCACUACUUGCAUCUGAUCAUGGACAUAGAGGUGGUUGACAAGAGAGAAACUGGAGGUUCCUCAGCCACUAUGGAGAAGCUGGCAUUGAAGCGUUUGAUCGAGAGAGCGAUGACAGAUCUGAAGAUAGUAGAUUUGGUGACUGAUACCUCCAGCAUGAUCAUUGCCCUUACAAGAACUCUCAAAGAGAAAAAUCCAAGCCAUCUUGAGGAUCUAUUCCACUCUUUGGACAUGUGGCACAAGUCAUGUAAAUUGACUGCCAAACUGAGUGUUGCUGCUAAAGUGCGAGGGUGCGAUGAUAUAUGUCAGUGGAUUGAACCCAUUAGGAACCACUUUUGGCACUGUGCAGAGCAGUGUGAUGGCAAUGAAGAAACCCUCAGGGACAUGUGGCUCGGUGUCACACAUCACGUGUGUGGGGAGCAUGAGUGGGUUGAGGGAGAAUGCUCACAUGGUCCCCUUGUUUCAACUGAACAGGGGAAGACCUUCCUUGAAAUGGACUCAAAGUCACACAAGGCCGUACAUGACAUUGUUAUGGAUCGUGCUUGGCUCAAAACAUUGGCAUUUUAUGUGAAAUUUAGGCAUACCAGUAAACUCGAAAGUUUCAAUUCCAUGAUGCUGAAGUAUGCUUCGAAGAGGAUGGCAUUUAGCUAUGAUGUUUUUAUGACAAGGAUUCUUCUGGCAGCUUUGGAUCACAAUGUUCAUUUAUUCCGAACUGAUUUGGAAGACUCCAUGGGCCAGGUCCGGUAAAAAAAAACCUACAGUAAGAGGUCCAAGAAUUGGAGGGCGGAGCCCGUAAAAGAACCCAAGAAGUACCCACACUGGGCAGUGAUGGCAGCUAAAAUCCUUAAGAAGAGGAUUAGUUCUUCUAGUUUAGCUGCGUCUGCUAUCACUUUUACAGCAACUUUUAUCCAUUGGAUUAUCCAACUACUCGUCUGUGUGAAGUUUUUCUCCUGCUGUAGUUGUUCAAAGAUCUUGAUGGUACGUAGUAUCCCUCUAAAGUAAAUAGGUGUCCUCUUGUGUGUUGUGAUGCCC